AUGGGUUCAAGAUCUCGCCGAGACUCCACCCAUCACACCAUAAUGCACGACUUCAAAGCGGAAGUAGCGAAAUUGUGGCAACGUAAGCAGAGCGUUACAACAACAACCACAACUGCCACAACACCAGCUGAACCCGUCGUGAGUCCCAUCGCCGUCAGCGUGACGAGAAGAAGAGACAGCGGGGAAUCCCACCGAAAAGAACGCAGAGAUUCUUCCACUUACCACUCACGCCGCAACUCGAGAAGGGGUUCGGGGGAGAGCGGAAGAAGCGGUCGAAGGGAUUCGUCGUCGGGAGUGGCUACCUCUCCGCCGAAAAUAGUUGGAGUGAAGAAGAAGAGGAAGGACUCUUUGACCGUCAUGGAUACUCCCUAUUACAGACAGGAUCAAAGACCAUCAACUUCUUCCACUGCUUCGGAUUCGGUACCAGCUCAAUACCUUGGGUUUCCAUCCAUCACCGCAGCUGGUAGUACUUCAGAUUCGAGUACCCAGGCUCUUCCUCCACCAACCAUUAUCACAUCUAGCGUCACACCUCCAGCAACAUCACCAACCGUUCCAACGACAGUAGCUGCGCAAAUUCAUCCGCUUUUAUCGACAAGGAGGGAUUCAACCACCCAAUGCGGGAGACUCGGUAGACGCGAUUCAAGACCGCAGGCAAGUCCCGAGAGGAGGCAUUCCAGGUUACAACGUCAAAACACAGCCUACGAUGAAAGUUGUCUGCCACCGACUGGACUGUUUCCGGAUUUGGACGACACCAAUCGAAAGGCUAGGCGCGAUUCUUUGAGUCCGGAUUCUGCCUCUAAAGGCAGAAGAGACUCAAAAUCGCGGCUGAGUCCGGACCGAUCCGGCGAGAGAGAAAUCAGUCCUGUGAGGAAGAGUAGGAAAACACUGCGUCGACAAUCUACCAGCGUGGCGAAGAAAGGGCGUAGGCGUCGGUCUCCCGAGUCUUCCAGCUGUUCCAGUCGAGAACCCAGCCCCAACAACAGAGGCGCUCCACCUUUAACCACAGAAAACUACAGACCAGCGAUCCGAAGACAAUCGACCACGGAAGAAAUCUUGAUAGCGAGAGGCUUCCGAAGACAAUCAACGACGGAAGAGAUGAUCCGAUGUCGUAAUUUUCGCAGACAGAGUUCUCAGAGCGACGACUGUCAGAGAUAUCGUGGCAGGAGGGAUUCCUCGACGCAAAUCCUCGACGGGACGAUAGGUUCAAUGACUGUCGAAACAUCUAGUACGUUUUUUGAUUCUAGCACGCAGACAG